CAAUUAUAUUUUCACGCUAAAACCCGACUCCAUAAAUGUUAGCUAAAAAUUAUAAGAACAAAUAAUAUGGUGAAAUCACAACUAAAACCUAAACAAAAAUGGGGGCAUUAUAGUUCCUUAUAUCUUCUCUUCUAUUGGUGAAAUAUCCCCUCUUCGAUAAACAAUUGGGCUUUGGUGACGUCAAUCAAAUUUCAACCACGCCCCUUCAACUAGCCACUUCCGCUUCUGUGUCAACCGAAAGACUAAAUAGUAAAUUCCUGUUCAUCUGUCUGAUUAGACUCUACAUUCUACUAGCACACGUGCCUUUGAGGCUGGACGUGCCAAAAAAUUGAGAUGUGCUGCUGAGUUUCUGUCUACAAACCUGAUGUGUACUAGCAUUGGUUGAAACUGUACUGAAUUGAAGUGGGCAGCUUAUAAGCACCCGGGGAGCAGUGUAUAGGGACGGUGCCAUCAGAGCGCCUCAGUGGUAACUUGGCAGCUGGUGGACUCGAACCAGGAGCCUUUUGGACCCAAGUUCAUUUUCAUUUAUCAUGUGAUCGAUGGAUUUAUUGAUUAUCAGCCCAGGCCUAGCCACAUGACUUGGUUUUUAGAGUUAAUAUAAAAGAAUCAUUUGCCAAUGUCUGGGUCAUUAUGCUAAGUAUAUGUCUAAUCAACCAAAAAUGUAACCAUGCACCACCACUCACCCCUAACAAUUAUCCUUCUCUGAAUGGGGUAAUAUCCCAAGUAGGAGGUGUGUGUUAGUGGAGUGUACAUGGUGCCAUGACUGUCAUGACUACGUAACGGCUCAUAGGCUUCUGAGGCAAAGAGAGCAGUAUGAUCUGAGAGGGUGCUACAGCCAAUCAGAAGGCUUCAUUUUCUCUCCCUCUCAUCUCACUCUCUCUCUCUCACUCUCUCUCUCCUUCCCUCCCCCUUCUUUUUCCUCUGUCUGUCUUUCUGUGUUUCUCUGUCUUGCUUAGUUUCUCUCUUCUAUGUGGACUGAAUAGCUCUUUCAACGGCGUGUAAAGCAUUGCCCUGAGUGAUGAGCAAUAUAAAUACUGUAAUUACUUAUGCAAAUUGAGUUCAGCCAUGGGUGGUAGGUGUUCACAAACAAGAAGUUAAGCAAACGAGCAUAUUCACGCAAGUGUGAAUAUUUUGCGAAAGUUUGUAAAUUGCUAAAUAUUUUAUAUAUGUAUUUUAAUUAAAUGAACCUGAGCGGAAAGGACAAAACAACACAACAUGGAAAUGCUAGAGUUUGUGUAAUUGUAAGGACUUUUUUUUUACAUACAUGUUAAGUUGAUCUCUUGACUAGAUAUCCUUUGCUGAUAAGCAGGGAACAUCUUAUUCCACUGGCAUUUUUGUUGACUUCUGUUAAAUUUGUUUAUAAUGAAAACUUGCAAAACUUUACCAUUUGAAAAAUCUGUACCUAAAGAGGGUCAUUCGAGUCAAACAAACUUGUCACCACAAAAAAGUUCAAAGUUGAUUAUUGAAUACGCUUUUAGAAUGUUGUGCUCCAUUCUUACCUUAUCAAAAGUGAACAUGCCGUACAAAGUUCAAUGUUGUGCUGAAGGCGUUACCUACACUAUGUCUGGCAAAGGUAAAACCUUACCACAGUUCAAAAAAGUGAGAGAGAGGAAAGGGAAAAGGAGAUGUGUGUCUUCAAAUGCAGCCAAAUGCUUUAAGAAAAGUUAGCUGCAGCCAUUGGGCUAGAAUACAGGUUACUCAUUUUCCUCAUGCCACAGAGAACAGAACAUUGAACCGUCUGGUCUGUCAGACGUCUACUUUGUCCACCAUAAUUAUCAUCAGACUGUCAGGCCCCUUCUCUGAACAUUGACCUGUGGACAAUCUACUGUGGCAGUUGGUGAACCUGCAAAGACUCGAACUGACUGGUCUCCCUCGAGAGCAAAUUGUGAGGGGGUACCAUCAAGACCAUGUACUAGACGUUCAACAUCUUUCAGGAACAACUAGUCUACCCUGACUGUAGAAGAUGAGCAAUGAGGAUGAGUUCUUUGAUGCCGUCACAGGCCUUGAUUCUGACGAGUCUUAUGAAGGGGUGUCAGAGGCCAGUUUCAAAGAUGCACUGGUGUUUGACAGCAGUCGUCAGAAAAACAAUGGAUCGGUGCCUCAGGAGAAUGGCAUCAAGAAACACAGGACGUCGCUACCGGCACCCAUGUUUUCCCGAAACACCAUCAGCAUCUGGGGUAUUCUAAAAAAAUGCAUCGGACUGGAACUGUCCAAGAUCACAAUGCCCAUUGUCUUUAAUGAGCCCCUGAGCUUUCUCCAGAGAAUCACAGAAUACAUGGAACACACAUACCUCAUCAACAGAGCAUGCUCUAUGUCUGACUCCAUAGAGCGCAUGCAGGCAGUAGCUGCUUUUGCUGUGUCAGCAGUUGCAUCUCAGUGGGACCGAACUGGAAAACCCUUCAACCCUUUGCUGGGAGAGACCUAUGAGCUCAUUAGAGAAGAGCAGGGUUUCCGAUGGGUUUCAGAGCAGGUAUCCCAUCAUCCUCCUGUGAGUGCCUUCCAUGCAGAGAACCUGGCUGGAGACUUUGUCUUCCAUGGCUCCAUCUACCCUAAGUUGAAGUUCUGGGGCAAAAGUGUUGAGGCUGAGCCUAAAGGAACCAUCACACUAGAGCUACUCAAGCACAAUGAGGCAUACACAUGGAGUAAUCCUUACUGUUGUGUACACAACAUUAUACUAGGUAAACUGUGGAUAGAGCAGUAUGGUACAGUGGAAAUAGUCAACCACAGCACGGGAGACAAGUGUGUGUUAAAUUUCAAAUCUUGUGGAAUGUUUGGUAAAGACUUGCACAAAGUGGAGGGAUACAUCCAGGACAAGAGUAAAAAGAAGCGUUGUAUCAUUUAUGGAAAGUGGACUGAGUGCAUGUGGAGUGUGGACCCACAUACUUAUGAAACUCACAAGAAGUCAGAGAAGAAAGGAGACAGCAAAAAGCACAAAAAUGAGGAGCAACAAGGAGCAGAGAAUGAUGAUGCUGAUGACAUGCCUGAAGUCCAGGAGACUGUGUCAGUCAUUCCAGGAAGCACUCUGCUGUGGAGAAUAGACUCCAGACCUGCUCACUCUGCUACAAUGUACAAUUUCACCAACUUUGCAAUGUCUCUCAACGAGCUGGUGCCAGGCAUGGAGGCCAUAUUGCCUUCCACUGACUGUCGCUUUAGGCCUGACAUCAAGGCCAUGGAGAAUGGCAACAUGGAUGAUGCCAGUAAAGACAAGGAAAGGCUGGAGGAGAAACAAAGAGCUGCAAGAAAAGAGAGGGCCAGGAAUCAAGAGGAAUGGUCCACCAGGUGGUUUCAGAUGGGCACCAACCCAUACACAGGCAACCAGGACUGGAUCUACACUGGUGGCUACUUCAAUAGGAACUACCAAGAUCUGCCUGACAUCUACUGAUAUAUCUUAGUCUCUAAGAUAUCCCUUAGUUGUAACCUGCAAUGACCUGCCCCUCAUGACUUACAACAAGAUGUUAUGAAUCCACAUACCAGCCUUUACUUUUGUCUUCAUCUCACUCCAUCACCAUCAUCUUCAUCCUGACUGCCACUCCCAGCUCACAGGGGGAAAACCUACACAGGAACUAGAUCUCCACUCUGUAAUCUUCUUGAUGUCUAUGGAAAACCACAGACACAACACCAUUCAGUUGUGUUUUUUUCCACUAUCGUCAAACAACCAGCAAACCUUUCCAAGUCUCUACUUCGACAAUAUCUGCAGCACAACAAAUCCCAGCGGCAGAGAGUUGGAACACGCGAUUCAAAACACAGCCCACAGACUCGCAUGUUUCAUCCGGAUGUGAAAAAAAACUUCACUUCUAAACUGAAACUUCUACAAACAUUCUGUCGUAUUUCAUUAAUGAGCAAAAGUAACGUGAAGUAAGUUGGAGGAAGCAUUAAUGUGUUAUCUGAUGGAAACUCGGUCACUGGGGGAAUCAGGGAUGUGAAUGCUCCUAUGACUGCAGAUGGACUCUUGAGAAGGAUCUUUUUUAAUGUUUUAAAAACUUUUAGGCUUAAAGAUUAAGAACAAGUACAUAGGAUGAAAUAAUAAUAAAAAAAAUGUAAUCGGUCACAACUAAUUCAAUGUAAGCGUGAGCUCAUAACUACCCCAGUCUCCCCUGUCUAACCAGUAACCACUAUUAUUUUCUUGUGAACCCUCUACAUAAGGUUUAUGCGUUAAUAUGAUGAACUAAAUAAGAAAGCUAGUGUGACGACCCUCGGUGGCCUGGUGGAAUGUUCUGCAUAAAUGGAACCCACUUGGCUCGGAAUAAAAAAUACCAAAUGUGAAUACAUGAAAAUAGCAGACUGCCACUGAUGAAAAAAAAAUCUAGGCAGACAUAAAUGGAUAUCUAGCUAAAUAUAUGUUAACUCAAAGUGACAUUGUUUGUGCAAUGUGUCAUUCCAGGUUUUAAAUUGUUAAAAUAAUUUACACACAAUAAUACAGUAGUUGAUUUACAAACAGUUGGUGACUUCAUGUUGCUCCCAGCCAUAAUUUACGUCUAAGCUGCUAUUUUAAUUCUAUCUAGAUAAUACUAAUAUGUGACUUUUCUGAUUGUUGAUUGUCAGUGUUUAUUGCCUUUCAUUCCACCUGAACAUCACAUACACAAAUGCAGUCCAGAUCUGAUUCUGAACAGAAACACCUGAUGACCUCAAGUAUUUUCCUUAUUUAGGAUGGAUGGAAACCAACCUGUUAAACUGCAACAGUUGGCAUCCUCUGUUAAAUUUGAGAAUUGUGAGAAUAAAAGAAAGCGGAUGUGACCCUGUGGUAAACUAUGCGGUGUCACAACGGAUAAAUUUCCAAAGUAGUUUAUGUUUAACUAAGGGAGUGAAUGGUAAAUUAUUUUGUCCUAAUUGAUCUCAUUGACUUGAUAAAUAAUGAUUUGGGUGCAUAGAAAAGUACAGGUUUUAGUUUUAAAUGCAUUUUUAUCAAGUGUUCACAAUCUUCUGUAAGCAGCGUUAGUAGACCCAGACAUGAAUAACAAUAUCUUAUCCUAAAGCUUUCACUAUUUAAACCAGACUGAAAUAGUUGUGACUGUAACCAUUGUUUUUAUACACAACCCUGUUUCUUCUUGUUGUCAGGUCCUCUACUUGAACUUUCUACUUGAUGUAAGCUCAAUUAAUUUCUGUACUAACAAUGGUGGAGAAUGUAACUCCCAUGUUAAAGUAUAUAUAUUUAUAUAUAUUUAAGUCAACCCAAAGUUGAUCCAACUCAGCUGAGUGUACAUGUUCCCCUACAUUACACUCAAGCACACUUCCUUUAAACAUUGUUAAUGACGUUCCUGCAAGUAGUCUCCUAAAUAGUCUGAAAGCAACAGUCACACAGCUCCGUGCAACUGUCGCCGCUAAACAUGUACAACACAAUAGAUCCAAUGGGUCUUUGUAGAGUGACCUAACUCUACCUAACACUUGAUAACAGAUGCUUAGAUUAUUGUCCUAGCCAUAGUCUUAAAACCUUAUUCCAGUUAAAGUUAUUCUGUCGUUUCUAACCUUGGGUCAAUUUAAAUCCUUGCCCCUUCAUGUUACUCUUCAUGAAUGUUGUUUCUUCAUUUCAUUGUUCCAUACUGUUUUUCUCUCUCUCCAUGCAUUUUAUUUGUGAUAUUAGAGGUUUUAUGAAUUACUUCUUUUGUCAAGCAUCUUUUCUCUUGCUCUAUAUUCUUUUUACUAUAACGCAAAGGUGAGCUGUUGUUUCAGAGAGUCCAGAUGCAAACCAAUGACCAGACCAGUUUGGACAGUGUAAAAGUAGUCAGACACUGAGCUUCAAAUAUUCUGGCUACUUACUGUAAAUCCUGUUGUUAAUUUUCCCAUUUUUUGUUUUGUUUUUGUAUUUUGUUAGUUGUGUCAUUAAAAUUGAACUUUUCAAACACUACUCACGGUGCACUGUCACAUGCUGUACCAACACAACACUGGUCAAGACAAUGUAGAAAUGUACCUACACAAGAACAAGAGACUUUAUUAGGAGUAUUUGGUCCAUGCAUUUUGUGAAGAUUAAGACUAUAGCAUUCAUUUCUUGUAUGUGGACUGUACAUGUUACCCAACUAAUGCUCUUGUUGUUAAACAACCUCUAAGUUUUUGUGUUGCUUUGAAUGUUCCAUUGAGAUUAUUCUGUAAUGACUUUUAGUCUCCUUCUCUUGAACUGUAUGAUGUGAUUGUUGAUGUAAGUGUUACACAGAGGUAAUCAUGAGCAAAAUGGCAUAUUAUUUUGUGCAAUUGAUUUAUUUUUAUAGUAUUUAAGCAUUUUUAGGUGGGAACAUUGCAGACAACUUGCUAGGUUCACAAAUGGGGAAAUAUAAACUAAUAAAAUCAAUUGUCUUUUGACAAUUUGUCAUUCCUUUUAAAUAUUAAAACAAUAUUCUCACAGCA